AUGGGAUACACGGGAAUGUUCAGUCUCAUGAAUAAGUGCUCCAUAUCUCAGCCCAUGAUCAAAUUACUCAUCGACCAAAUGAUGCUCUCAGCCGACUCUUCACAGUGCUACAGUGGUAUUUUGAGCCUUUUGCAACUAAUCCAGGAAAGUGAUAUGGUCACUAAAUUGGAAACCAGUAGACAGCUUUUACAAUUACUUGUUUCAAAAUCUGGUGCAGCUAAGAACUUUUCCAAGCAACUGUGCUGGCAAGAGAUUCUCUCCUUCUCUCAGAACAACACAAUGGGCCCUCCAAUGUAUGAACAGGUGAAAAAAAAACUAUUGAAUUGGAGAAGAUUCCAGAAGAGCGUCCAUGAACAAGUUUUAUUAAGUACAAGUGCUGAGGAUCUCAGCAGUCUGGCACAGCGUGUUGGAUGGAAAGGAAUGGAGGGACUGUCAAAUGGCCUGCUUUCUCACAGUGAGAGCAUGAAUGAUGUGCCUACAGUACCGGAAGAAGAGGAAGAAGAAAUACUGGAAGAGAGUCAAGCGUCGGCAAUGCAGGCAGAGAAUUUCCAGAGGGCGUUGGAUAACCUCGGAAUCCAGAAGAUCUACGUGCGGGAAUCAGUGGAGAAGAAUGAAGAAUUCACGCAGAACAUGUUGAUCAUCUUAUUGACCAUUAUGUGGAAGGGUGUUGAUGGUUCUGAUGCAGCCGCAUGGAAGGAACGAGGUCAAGUGUUUUCAUGUCUUGACAAAAUGAAUCAGUCUUAUGAAUUGUUAAGGCAUCCAAAUGAAUUGAAACGGCGCCUUCUGGAAAUGAUGCUGCAUUCUUGUACUUCAGACUUACGAGAAUCCAGUCAAGCUUUUGCUAAUCAUUCGGAAAAUGCAAUUGAAUUGAUCAAAAUUGCCCAAGACUUCAUCAUUGGAAACAUUAAUGGCAACGAUCAUGUCUACAGUGAAAGGUUGGUUGAGGAUAUUAAGACCCUACUUGAUGCCCUGGCUGUGUGGGGAUACCUGUGUGCAGUAGCCACCGCCCGGUUGCAUUCCUUAGUGCAGACUAGAACCCUGACCAGUUCCGCAGAAGCUUCUUAUUUAAUUGGUACUUUAUAUGAUAAUGUACAGAAAGCAAUUGAAGAAAAUAGUGAUACUUACUCUUUCCUCAUCCCUGUCCUCAAAGCUUUGAUCGACAAAUCAUACACUCUUCUUAAUAUGGAAAUUUACUUACCAAACCUGCCAGCCACUGCCAGAAGUCCAACCUUUUUUGAUGAUUUCCGCAUCUAUUGUGGUGGUUGUGAGUGGUCCAAUUUUGUUUGUACACAGGAGGAGGGGAAAAGCAAAUUGACGUUUCAGAGUCAGAUUGUUGAUGUUGCCAAGCAUCGAAUAUCACAGGAACAACGCCGCUUUCAAAAUGUGACAACCCAAUUAAGAAAUCAGCACAAUUCCACCAUCAGGCAAUGGAGGGCAACAAAGCGAUUAUUUUCAGCUAAACGUGGGGCAUGGAGUGAUAAAUCAACUGAAUGCAAACACUGGAAAUUAUCAAAUCAAGAAAACUUUUCUCGUAUGAGGGUAAAAUUAAUCCCAAACUAUAAUUUUGACCCGCACACGGAACCGAGUAAGCUGAGAGACAAUCUGGAUAUAUCUGAAAUGGCUGAUAAUGACAAACUGAAGAAAUUGGAGCUUGCCAAAGAAGCGCUAAUCGCCCAUGAAAACAUUGCAGAUGAUACACUCGGAGAUGAAGAUUGGAAUGUCAUCAGUUCAGCCAAUACAACUGGGGAGGAAUAUUCCGGUAAAGAGAAAUUGGUUCUAUUUGAAGAAUGUGAACUGAUCACAAUGGUGGAUGUCAUCAAAGGUCGGCUAGAGGUAACCACAACACAUGUCUACUUUUUUGACUGCAGCCCUUAUAAGGAAGAAGGUGGUGAAGACUUCAAAUGGAACUUGUCACAGCUGAGAGAAAUACAUUUUAGACGUUAUAAUCUUCGAAGAAGUGCCUUAGAAUUAUUCCUGAUUGAUCAGACUAAUUACUUUCUCAAUUUUGAAAAAAAGGUGCGUAACAAGGUUUACAGUCGAAUAUUAAGCUUGAGACCUCCAAAUUUAAUCUAUCAUGGGACAAGAUCACCUGCAGAAUUACUGAAAGCAUCAGGACUUACACAAAAAUGGGUACAGAGAGAAAUCUCCAACUUUGAAUACCUGAUGCAACUCAAUACAAUUGCGGGUCGCACGUACAAUGAUCUCAGCCAGUAUCCAGUUUUUCCCUGGAUCCUAUGUGAUUAUGAAUCAGAAAAGUUGGACCUUGAAAAUAAGGAGAUUUAUCGUGAUCUGUCCAAACCAAUUGGUACUGUCAAUCCGAAGCAUGAAAUGGAGGUUCGAGAGAAAUUUGAUUUGUUUGAAGAUCCCAGCGGCACCGUGGAAAAGUUCCAUUAUGGGACUCAUUAUUCCAAUGCGGCCGGGGUUCAACAUUUUAUGAUCAGGAUGGAGCCUUUUACAACUUUGCACAUUCAAUUGCAAAGUGGCAGGUUUGAUGUUGCUGAUCGGCAGUUCCAUUCAAUUCCUGCUUCCUGGCAGUCUGUUUAUGAAAAUCCAAAUGAUGUCAAAGAAUUGAUUCCCGAGUUCUUCUAUUUACCUGAAUUCUUGUAUAAUAGUAAUAAUUUUGAUUUAGGUACCCUCCAAAACAGCAAAGAAAGUGUCCAUCAUAUUGUCCUACCAAAGUGGGCCAAAACAGCUGAAGAAUUUAUAUACAUGCACAAAAAAGCUCUGGAAUCCGAUUUUGUAUCUUGCAAUCUGCAUCAUUGGAUUGACUUAAUUUUCGGCUACAAACAGAAGGGACCACCUGCUAUCGAGGCUCUCAAUGUAUUCUACUAUUGUACAUAUGAAGGUGCUGUGGAUUUGGAUGCAGUCAAAGAUCCAACUGAGCGUAAAGCAUUGGAAGGAAUGAUUAACAAUUUUGGUCAGACGCCAUGCCAACUUCUUAAGGAGUUGCAUCCAAGGAGAAUGACUUUUGAUGAAGUUGCCAGUCGUGCCACUUCCUCUGUUUUGUUGCUCUCCACAGCUUCCUCUCUUUCACCACUAUCUACAGCUUCCUCUCUUUUGUUGCUUUCUACAACUUUCUCGCUUUCACGGCUCUCCACAGCUUCCUCUCUUUUGUUGCUUUCCACAACUUUCUUGCUUUCAUGGCUCUCCACAGCUUCCUCUCUUUCACCACUAUCUACAGCUUCCUCUCUUUUGUUGCUUUCUACAACUUUCUCGCUUUCACGGCUCUCCACAGCUUCCUCUCUUUUGUUGCUCUCCACAAUCACAAUCACCGAAGACAGAAUUCUUGGCAUUCAUGGAUGGCUGUGCUAUGACAAGUCAAUUUCCAAUUAUUUCACAUUUGAAAGAGAUCCGUCCUUAGCUAACAACAAAACAAAGAAGAGGCUGCAUGGUACAUUUUAUCCAGGGUUGAAAAUCGAUCCAAAAUUGUUUGUUGUCUCACAUGAUGCAAAACUCUUAUUUAUUGGUGGCUACUGGGACAACAGCUUGCAAGUGUUUCAUCUGAGCAAACUAAGAAAAGUCAAUCACAUUUUUGGACAUAUCGAUAUUGUAACAUGCCUCGCAUUGGAUUACUGUGGCAGUUACCUUAUUACAGGAUCCAAAGAUACAACUUGUAUGAUUUGGAAAGUUUUGAUGCAGGGAGGCUGUUCAUAUAGUUUAUCUUCAAAGCCCAGCCAAAUCCUGUAUGGUCAUGACAAAGAAGUUACUGCUGUCUACAUCUCCACAGAGCUUGACAUGGCUGUGUCUGCCUCCAGGGAUGGUACAGUGAUCAUCCAUACUGUGAGGAAAGGUCAUUAUAUGAGGACAUUGCAGCCACCUUGUGAGCCGAUAGAACACCUGCACAUUCCACUCUUGGAUGUAGCUGAAAAUGGGCAAAUUUGCAUCUUCUGUCAGCAGAACCAACCCUCUGAAAAGAGUGAUAAAUACACUCUACAUUUAUACACUGUCAAUGGUAAACACCUGUUUCAACAGAAAGUGACAUAUCCAAUCACUGACAUGAUAAUUAAAGAAAAUUAUCUGAUUUCUGGCAAUGACCAGGGUCAUUUAACAGUCUAUGAAUUGUUUGGUCUGAGCCCGCAGACAACAGUUCCACUUUUGGUCCCUAUUCAGUGCAUUGCAUCUACUCCAGGCAACACACACAUUCUGCAAUGUGACACUCCACCCCGACACAUUGGUGACCAAAGGUCUGCUACAACCAAGAGAAAUGAUGUUGUCAGUGUUUAG